CCUCCUGAGAACGCAGGGAAACCAGUGGUUUAGAAACUUGUGAGGAGUAUCUACUUUGAAACCUUCCAUUAUAAAGCACAUUUUGCUCUGCCUACCUGGAGACAGGGUAUGUGGAGCACAGUGGAGUAUUAGAAUGGCAGAACAUGUAUCUACAAGGACGUAGAGGGGACAAGAAAGAACGCGUUCUGAAGUGUUUAAAAAGAAGAAGAAAGAUUAGUUAUUAUACAGGAAGUAGGAAGUCAGAUAUAUGAAGUUUGUAAUGUGAUAGAUACUCUGGACACCAAAAGCAAAACCCUUCACAGAUGGUGUGUGCUGUGCGUGUGAGUGAGUUUGUAUAAAUGUAUGCGUGUGUGUGUGUUGUGAAGUGAGAUACUGACCUUUCCUAUGAAGGAGGGAGAAUGUCUCUCAAACUACCUCGGAACUGGGACUUCAGCACCCUCAAAGCUGAAACAGCCAGAAUAGCUCGGUCUAAGAGUGUGAUGCCUGGAGAGGGCAUCUCGGGUUCAGCUUCGCCUGGCUCCACCAGGAGGUCCAUGGAAAGGCCGCUGAAGGCUGGCUGGCUCAAGAAACAGAGGUCCAUCGUGAAGAACUGGCAGCUGCGCUACUUUGUGCUGAGAGGGAGUACACUGACCUACCAUAAAGAUGAAAAAGAGGGCACUGUCCAGGGAGUUAUCCAACUGAGGUUCAGUAAAGUCAACGAGCUUCCACUAAACCAAGACGACCCUGGGAAAUUCCUCUUUGAGAUCAUACCGCGGAGCAGUAGUGAUCGGGAGCGCUACCCCUAUGUCCUCAUGGCCAACACCCAGGGCGAAAUGGAGGAGUGGGUCCGCACACUGCGCAGGGUGGUUGGAUCACCCUCUAGUGGAGCCAUAUUUGGCAAGAGCCUGGGAGACACAGUGACCUACGAGCAGCGCUUUGGGCCCCACAUGGUGCCCAUCCUGGUGCAGAAAUGUGCUGAGUUCAUCAGAGAGCACGGGUUGAAUGAGGAGGGCAUCUUCAGACUGCCAGGACAAGAUAACACUGUCAAACAAUUCAGGGACGCAUUCAACGCUGGAGAGAGACCAUCCUUCCCAAGUGACACAGAUGUCCACACAGUGGCGUCGUUGUUCAAGUUGUACCUGCGGGAGCUGCCUGAACCUGUGAUUCCCUGGACACAGUAUCAAGACUUCCUGGACUGCAGCCCAAUGCUGGACCCAAACAGUGCAGCAGGUCGUGAGAGGCUUGAGAAGCAGAUCAGCCUCCUUCCUAGAACCAAUUACAACCUCCUCAGCUACAUAUGCAGGUUUUUAUUUGAAGUGCAGGAGAACUCAAAAGUGAACAAGAUGGGUGUUGAGAACCUGGCGACGGUCAUUGGGAUCAACCUGCUCAAGCCCCAGAUUGAGGACCCUUUCACUAUGAUGAAAGCUACUCCUCUGAUCCAGAAGCUGAUGACAGUGAUGAUCAGGCAGCAUGCUGCUCUGUUUCCUCCAUCUAAAGAUGUGGCCCCAUCACCACCCAGGCAGAAGAGUGACAACAAGAAGAACAAUGCUCCACGUAGCUUUGUGGGCUGGGAGUCUGCUGAGUGUGAGGGGUCUCUUUCAGAGUCUCCAGAGGAGGAAGAGGACGCCGACACUCUGGAACAAAAUGUGUUGAUAUCCAACCCUCAGGACAGGCUACAGACGUACGAUUCCCCCUCUUCACCCUCUGACUCGGACCCUUGGUCUGGGAGCCCGCGCAAACGCACCCAGACCCUGCCCACUCUGAAGAGCCCCCUCCAGGGGAGUGCCGGCAAGCUGGAGGCAAUCAACCGUUGGAGCCGCAUCCAGGAGGGCAACGAGGAAGAGAAGAGUUUUUCAGAGGAUAUCUUUAAGGUCCUGGACCUGCAGAGAAGCUGUUUGUUCGAAGGGACUCCGAAGAAGGACUGGGAGGACAGUGAGACGGCCAUGACUGGAAGUAGCAGCACGGUCACCUGUGAUGGCAUCACAGCCAGCGAACCCAGCAGUGUCCUCCAGCAGAACUCCCAGCCAGCAGCCUCGGACAAGAAGAGAGACGACACAGCUGUGGUGUCAUCUCCACCCCCCCAAACAGACACAUGGGCGGGCCAGCUGAAGGACAGCUGUGGGAACUCAGAGCAUCUCGUUAACAGUCUGCAAGAAAGGAAUAGAGAGCUGAGUGCCACAGUAGCAGAGCUGCAGUCAGCCCUGGAUGCAAAGAACCGCUAUGUGUCUGCUCUGGAAAUCCGACUGCGCAAUGCAGAACGCAGUCGAGAUGAGGCCCAGAGACGUAACCAGGAGCUGGACCAGGAGAUACAGCAGUUCCUCAGCAGAGAGCCAGGACGGCCAACCUAGAAUCAGUAGUUCCAUGCCAAAGAUCCAUGAUAGCCAACCUAGAACCAUUUUCCUACCAGAGAACCGUGAUAGACAACCUAGAACCAUUUCCCUACCAGAGAACCAUGAUAGGCAACCUGUAACUACUUUUAGGCUUAACUUAUCAAAUGUAUUAAUUUACUUAAUAGAAACAAAAUGUGGAAUGCUGAUAUUUUUUGACAAUGCAGUUUCUGUUACAUUUAUAUUGUUAAAUAACAUGUAGCAUAUAAAUGCAGUAGCUGUUUCUGCAUAACAUGUAGGUGAAGAGAAUGUCCAGUGCACUCUAUGUAACAGACUAUUAAUAUGUUGGCUUGGAUUCAGUUCAAAGCUCAGCAUGAAUGCUUGUAAAGGCAGAGAGCGCAUUCAUGGUGCGUGUCAGUGCAUGUCGGCUCAAGUGUUAAGGUUUCAAUCCUGUUUAUAUUUGUUUGAUCACUAAAUUAAUAAAAAGGAACAGAAAAAUCCACUUUACUGCCCAACAAUGUGCAUAAUGUUUAAUUAUUAUUACUUACAGGGUGAGCUACGUUUGGAAAGUAAUGAUACGUUUUCCUGUGUAAAAAGACAAAUUAAAAAAUAAUAAUGUAUUACAUAAUGUAAAGCACUUUUCAUUAUAGAGGAAUAAACUCAAAGUGCAUGAAAAAGAAAAUAACAAAAUAAUAAAUAAUCAAAUAAUAUUAAAUAAAUAAAAUAACACUUUUCUUUUGAGAGAGAGAAAAUAUGUACAGUACACAAUAAUUAUAAUACUUAUUAUAUAAUAAUGUUCAGUAUAAUUUGAUUAAAGGAAAGGGUAGGCCUGCUGAUAAAGCCGUGUCUUUCUGUGCAGCCCUGAGGCUGCCAGGAAUGGAGUUCUAGAGGUGAGUUCUAAUAUAGGAACAUUUGCGCUCUCCCUUUUUUCGGUUCUUGGUUCAUUGAGCAGAAUGGCAUUGCUGGACUGUGGAGGCAGAUUUUUUAAUUAUAAUUAGGGGCCAUGCACUGAAAAGAAUCAUAAACGAUUGGAUAAGUGUGUCAAAAUCAAUUAUGAAAUGCUGCUUUACCCAUGUGUGUUCAAUCUGGCUCUGAUCCAACACAUCUUAUUCUGGGAUUAAUCAGACACAGCCUAUUUGUUUCUGGGACCUACCAGUGUUUAUUAUAUUUUUACAAUCCAGAAAGUGUGCAUUGGGGGUACAGUGUUCAGCUCAACAGCCUUCUAAGCAAGUGGCCUGGGUUUGAUUCCCAGACAAUGUAGGAAAAGAUUUGUGUAUAUGGUCACAUAGCUCAUUUGGUAACAGCUUGUACUGUGUUCUAACAGAGUCAAUAUGAACAUUUAUUAAAUCAGUCCUGUAAGUUGCUCCGGAUGUGUGUCUGCCAAAAGAUGUAUUCAAUGUAGAAAUCACUGAAUUUGUGGUUGAAUUUGCAGUGGAUGGAAAUAGAUUCCAAGUUGGAGAACAGAAAAUGGAUAGUACUGUGAAAUAAUUGCAACAACAAUGGUUGAUUUGGAAGCGAGCACCAUUUGUGCACCAUUUUGAUAGAAAGGUCUACAACAGUAGAAUUAUGGAGUUUGGCCCUUGCUUGAACAUUUUAUGAAAGGUUGUGCUUAAUCAGCGUUAGUUAUUUCAAAAGGCCCGGAAUUUGAGCUAAUGUGUUACAGUUUGUUUACGCAACAGACAAUACUCAAAGUGUCUGGAUGUUUUGUUUUUUGGUUAGAAAUUCUAAGAUAUUAAAUACAGCACCCACAAUAUAAUGAGCCAUU